CACCAAACAUAUCCUUUUUCUUUCCCCAUAAACUUAAGUUUUUUUUGGUUCAUGUUGAGAUCAUUCAUCAUCAGCAUCGGCAUCAGCAUCACGAGCUUCUUGUUUCACGCGAUUCCCGUUAUAGUCGCGCUGCGUAUCUUCGUAGUCAUCCUAUAUCCACAUGGCCCAGAUGAGCCCCUCCCUCCCGCUUCCCUCCCCGCCGUUCGGGCCGGAGUGAAUCGGAGUGAAUCAAAAGUGAAUCAAGUGAAAAUUGUUUCCAUUCACAUACAUCAUGGUCGCAAAUGACGAUGCACCCCCCGCGCCGCCCAACUUAAGGUGGUUUCAUCAGUGCAGUACCUCUGUAGGUAGCUACCGUAGCCGCGCAUAACCAAAUCGUGAUUUCGGAGUCAGACGGCAUAGCAGGCAUGGCAGGCAUGGCAAUGG